AUGGUGUGGCAGCACGGCAUCGUCCUCGCCAUGGGCCUCAAAUCCGACCACUUCGGCCCCCUCGUAGCUAAAGUGUGCGACUGCCUCCUCCGUCACGGAGCGCUGCAGCUGCCAGAGAUUGUCCGCCGUCUCAAGCUCCCGCCAGGCCAAGUGAAGAACUCUCUCCUUGUCCUCAUCCAGCACAAUUGCGUUCAGGCCUUCUCAUCGACGAGAGGCAAUAGGAUGGUGACGCUCUACCUGGCCAUCUUCGAUAAUGUCCUGCAUCGGCUGCGCUUCUCAAAGUUCAUCUCUGUUAUCCGUGCGGACAUUCCAGAGUCAGAAGCUCUUAUUGAGGGUUUGCUUCAGAAUGGUAGGCUAACAUUCGACCAACUUGUGGGACAAACAAUCUCUAAAGUGCCAGAAGGCACCAUCCGACCAGCAAGGGCAGAGAUAUGA